UUGACAGGUCAGCGAAAAGUGAAAGCUGGGAAACGAAUCUUCCAUUUCCCCAACCUUCUCGGACUCUCUUUCUCUCUCGAUACCAAAAACGGAAACCAACUUCUCUUGCUGUUUCAUUUCUCUCAGAUUCAGAUCUACUCUCUCUCUCGCUCGCUCUCUGGAUCUCAAAAUCCUUCGAAAAUGAGGUUUUUCUCUUUCUUUGAGCGAUCUACUCGCGCUUUCCAUCACUCUCCAACGUAUUCUAAGUUGAUCGUUCUCUUCACCGUCAGUGGUGGGGGUCUUGUGGCAUAUUCAGAAUCGAAAUCGGACAAUGGUGCUUACAAUGUUGUAUCAUCUCAAGCAGACGCCAAAAAGAAGAAAGUGGUAGUUCUUGGAACAGGAUGGGCAGGCACAAGCUUCUUGAAAAAUCUCAAUGGUUCCUUGUAUGAUGUCCAGGUGGUGUCACCUCGUAAUUAUUUUGCAUUUACCCCUUUGUUACCCAGCGUCACAUGUGGUACUGUGGAAGCACGUAGUAUUGUUGAGCCGAUACGUAAGAUUAUCAAAAAGAAAACUGGAAACAUUGAAUUCUGUGAAGCUGAAUGUGUGAAGAUUGACGCAGCAAACAAGAAAGUUCAUUGUCGAUCUACCCUUCCCGAUGGGCGCAAAGAAUUUCUUGUAGACUAUGACUACUUAGUGAUAGCAAUGGGAGCCCAGGCAAACACAUUCAACACUCCAGGUGUGCCAGAGCACUGCCAUUUUUUGAAGGAAGUAGAGGAUGCUCAGAGGAUCCGUAGGAGCGUGAUUGAUUGUUUUGAGAAGGCCAGCCUUCCAAAUCUUAGCGAUGAAGAGAGGAAGAAGAUGCUUCAUUUUGUAAUUGUUGGAGGAGGGCCUACUGGCGUGGAAUUUGCUGCAGAGUUGCAUGACUUUGUAUGUGAAGAUUUAGAGAAGUUGUAUCCAGACCUUCAAGACCUGGUGAAAAUAUAUCUCAUUGAAGCAGGCGAUCAAAUUUUGAACAUGUUUGAUAAAAGAAUCAGUUCGUUUGCUGUAGAGAAGUUCGGAAGAGAUGGUAUUGAUGUGAAAACAGGAUAUCAAGUUGUCAGUGUAUCUGAUAAGGCCAUUACCAUGAAAGUAAGACCAUCUGGAGAGAUUACAUCUCUACCAUAUGGCAUGGUUCUCUGGUCCACUGGUAUUGGGACCCGCCCCGUCAUAAUGGAUUUUAUGAAGCAAAUUGGCCAGAUGAAUAGGCGUGUUCUAGCAACUGAUGAAUGGCUGCGAGUCCUGGGAUGCGAUGAUGUAUAUGCACUUGGUGACUGCGCCACGAUCCAACAACGCAAAGUCAUGGAAGAUAUCUCCGCAAUAUUUAAUCUUGCGGACAAAGACAAAUCCGGUACUUUAACCAUUGAAGAGCUCCAAGAUGUCAUCGAUGAUAUCUGUUUGAGGUACCCUCAAGUGGAGCUUUACUUGAAGGCUAAGCAAAUGCGCAAUGCUGUGGAUCUGUUGAUUGAAUACAAAGGAAAGGAAACCAAAGAAGUGGAUAUCGAAGGGUUCAAGAUAGCACUUUCCCAAGUGGAUUCCCAGAUGAAGAAUCUUCCUGCAACAGCUCAGGUUGCUGCUCAAGAAGGUGCAUAUCUUGCCAAGUGCUUUAAUAAUAUGGAAGAGAGCGAACAUAACCCUGAAGGUCCUCCGCGGAUCAGGGGAUCAGGUCGCCACCGAUUCCGUCCCUUUAGAUACAAGCAUCUUGGGCAAUUUGCUCCACUGGGAGGGGAGCAGACGGCUGCACAACUUCCUGGUGAUUGGAUCUCUAUAGGCCACAGCAGCCAGUGGCUCUGGUAUUCUGUCUAUGCAAGCAAGCAAGUCAGCUGGCGCACAAGAAUAUUGGUGAUAAGCAACUGGACCUGGCGAUUCAUAUUUGGAAGGGAUUCGAGUGGUAUCUGAGGCAACACCCC